UUGUUGAUGUUGAAGAUAUGUUAUGUUAAUUUCAGUGUUGUAUCAGCCGGUGAACGUGUGGUUUGGUAUUAUUAUUAAGUCGUAGAAUUCCGGCAAAAUGUUAAAAACUUACGAACUAAUUGAUUGUACGAAUACUGUAUUCUCAGCGUUUAUUGUGUGCUCCGCAAUAUUAGUGCUGAAAAUGUUGGCCAUGUCAUAUUUAACAUCAAAUCAACGAUUUCGUACGCAGACUUUCUCAUCACCAGAAGAUGCUGUCUUUUCGGAGCGAUCCGAAGUUAACUUUGAUAACGAAGACGUAAAUCGUGUACGAAGAGCUCAUCGAAACGACAUGGAAAACAUUCUGCCGUAUCUGACAAUUGGCCUGCUUUACGUUUUAACGGAUCCUUUGCCAUGGGUUGCAAAAAGUUGCUUUGUAACAGCUACAGUUGCUCGAAUCUUACAUACAAUCGUCUAUGCAGUCUAUGUUAUACGGCAGCCAGCAAGAGCUAUUUGCUUUUACGUGCAAUGGAUCAUCACCAUUUAUUUUGCCGUUGCAACGAUUCUUUUCUACGGUCGUUAUUUGGUUUAAGUUUUUGACUUUGAUGACUUUUAAAUGAACAUUUUCCGCUGGAAAUCUAAU